CUUCCAAAUUAUGGGGAACACUUGUGAGAAUAUGCAGUGUCUUAAGAAGAACGACGGGCUGAUCAAGAAGCCCUCAAAGAGACUUAGUAGAGCCCGUAGGAGGAAAUAACAAGAAAAUGAUAGCAAAUGACAUUAAAAUGGGCAAACUUGAAACUGCCUCUACUAAGCAUGAUGACAAUAUCAGAACUGAAUCAGCAGGAUCUUCUAAGGAAGAUGAGCCAGUCACUCUCAGAAGUUUCUCUGUGAUAAAAAUUAUUGGAGAAGGUGCUUAUGGCAAGGUUUAUCUUGUCAAAUAAAAUCGACACAGGAGUUUUAUAUGCUAUGAAAGUCAUCAGGAAAUCUGGUAUUUAUACGAAGAAAGACGAGAAACAAGUUCUUACUGAGAAAGAUAUCACCCAGCAAAUUGAUAGUCCUUAUAUUGUAAAGUUACAUUUCUCUUUCCAAUCUGAGACUAAGCUUUUCCUGAUCCUUGACUUCAUGGAUGCUGGGGAUCUCUGAUACCACAUUGUACAUAAAAGGAAGAUCAAGGAGCCUUUGGCUGUUAACAUAUCAGCUCAGAUUUUACUUGGGUUAAAAUGCCUACAUGAAAAUAAUAUUCUUUACCGAGAUUUAAAGCCAAUGAAUAUCUUGAUUGACCAAGAUUUCGGAGUGAAGCUUACUGAUUUUGGUCUAUCCAAAAGAAAAUCCAGCACUGCCAACCCAGAGAUGACUAACUCUAUAUGAGGCACUGUUCAGUACCUGGCCCCAGAAGUCGCUCUUGGGAAUGAUUACAGCUUUGCCAUUGAUUGGUGGUCCUUUGGAGUCAUUCUUUACGAGAUGAUUUCUGGAAAAUUACCUUUUGACAGCAAUGAAAGAAGUAUAGUAGUCAAAAACAUCCUUUGCAAGAGUAUUAAAUACGGUAAAUGAUUCUCUCCCAAUGCGAAAGACCUUGUUUCCAAGCUGCUCGUUAGGGAUCCUGACAAAAGACUCGGAGCUGGUGGAGCUGAGGAAGUCAUGGAGCAUGAUUUCUUCAAAGAUAUUGACUGGGAAGAUCUAGCCAGUCCUGAAAAAGCACACACUAUCCAAGUAAAGCCUCCUAAGGGGUACUCGAAGUAUUGCUACGGCCACUCAGUUGAUAGCUCUGUGAUUAGUGAGAAGGGUCAAAAGCGGUUUGAUAUCCCUAAUUUCACCUUCAUCGAGUGAUGCUCAGAAGAGGAAUCUGAUAUGAUUUCUGAACUUUAAGGUUUAUAUUCGACACAAACUUUUUUUAAAUGCUUCAAUAA